AUGGCAUGCACUUUUGCAUCCAGUGGCUUAUUGGCCUUUCUUGGGGUCCUUGACUUCUUGAUGGGUUCAUCCUUUCUGGAACAACAAAAAUUUGACAUUGCACAGAUCAGGUUUGCAACACAGAUCUUGUCACUUGUCCCACAGGCUAUCAUUGUGGUGCUCCUUGCACUGCUUUCAUAUGGGAUCCAAACAAUAGCAGUCAAUUCCACAAUACGACGAUGUCAAGCAGUUGUUGUGCUUCAUGACAGUGUUGAAGCCUGGCGAGGCCUUGGGUCAUCGGUUCGUGCUGUCUGGUACAGCAAGAACUAUGCCUUCCCUGUCUGUUAUCAGUUAUUCCCUGCACUCAUUUUUUACAGCUCUAUCUUUGUGUUACACAUUGUGACACCUUCCUUGUUCUCAGUGGAUGUGGUGGACACACAACAACAGAUACAACUCACCAUAAACACUAUGCCAGGUAACAUCACCCUAAGUGAUCAGGCAGUUCCAACCGUGUUAGAAAUUAGAGCAUACAGUGCAGCUGACUAUCUAUACCAGCAGAGGAGCUAUGCUAUUGCUGGUGGACCCACUGGAGUGAACAAUACAAUCCUUUUUGGUACAAUGGAUCAAAAUUUGGAAGGUGUAGAGUUUGAGGAUCCCACAGCUCUGAAAUUGAGUGCCAAAUGUGGAAUCAUUCCUCGCACUCCUGGUGAUGCCUUUGAUUUUGAUUACUACAGAGGGCCUAGAAAACAUGAUCCAAAUGGUGCAUUCAUACUCUUCCAGCUCAACCCCAAGUUCACCCCCAUUCCUGGAACCCCACUAAUCUAUGGGAACUAUCCACCAUUCAUGGUAACUAUAAUGAAUCACAACUCAGGAAGUUUUGUGCUUGGUGGUGAGAAGCCUAGUCCAGCUUCACCACCACCAUUCUGGUGUGAUGACAGGCAAGGCUCUCCCAUUCAUCUCACAAAAGAGGUCCAAGUUUAUACAUCUGUGUCAACUGCUCAUUCAACCAGGAAAAAGGUUGCCUUGGAGUCUGUCAACAUUACAUUCAAUAUAUGGCCAAUUGGAUGUGCAAUGUAUACACAAAAUCUAACUGCACAUGUAUCAGGAUCUGAUCAGAAACUGCUUGGGAUUUCUGACAUACAUGGAUACAACUCCCAGCCAAAGCACCCUGAGAUUCCCUUUGAGCAGAAGUUGGAUCCAACCAACAUGGUGGAAAAAUCUUUUGGCUUCUUACUGAUGUUGAUCAAUGUUGAUGAAUUACUCUUGGAAACCCCAGCUCAAACUCUUGAGCUACAUGAUACGACAAAUGGAGAGGUCUACACUGUACUGACAGCAAUGCCACCUUUCACACAAACCACCCUUUCAGCUCUCACUUCCACCUCACUGAACUCCACAUCCCCAUCUUUGGAUUUUCUGGGACUAGAAGAACAACUUGGCUCAUAUGCUGCCCUUUCAUUGGGUCUUGUCCGAAUGAGUUGGCAAUACCAACAGUACUUCAAUCAGACUUACCUGUUGGAGAAAGGCAAUUGGAUGCCUGUUUACACCAAUACCACUGGAGUUUAUCAUUCUAUUCAAGCCAUUGCCCAGGUCUCCUAUGUUCCCCUAAUCAUUGUCAAUGUGUUCUCUGCAUGUGCCAUUGUUAUCUCCUUCUUCAUUGUUUGGGAUGCAUUCAUUGUGGUGGGGGCAGUGGAUAAGCCACACUUGGAGCAGAUUGUCCAUGAUGGUGGCCUCUUUGACAUGAUCACCCUGCUUGCUGGUUCUGAGUCCAAUUCUGGUGUCAUGUUGCAUCACUGCUCCAAUAUGUUGGACUACAGACAAAUAUGUAAUGCUAUUGCUCAAUAUUCAGGAGGAAGUCUUUCCUUCCAAUCUCAAUCCAUGUUGCAACCAUUGGAAUCACAUACUGUGUGUGAGCCACUUGACAGAGUUUGGACCCAACAGCACCUAUCCAAGUUGGGGACUCCUGAGGUGCUUCACUCUACUCACCUGAUGGAUCUGUGGGUGAUGGGUGCAGGAGGCAUGUCUGCACUAAUAAUCUUUCAUGUAGCCCUGGUGAUAUUGUCCAGAACCCAUGUUUUGGAUCAUCUGUACUUUAACAUCAACCACCUGGGCCUAAUGAACCAGAUCUUGCUGAUCUCUGAGCAGGGUUUCUCAGUUAUAGUGUUGGGAUUAGUCACCCUAUCCAUCUCAUCACUUGCCUGCAAUGGAUCACUACAGAAAAGGAUGUCCUUAGGAGCACUACAUUACAGACUAGGAGCCUGGCGUCAAGGGCUUGGUUUUUGUUUCUUCUCCCUCUCAAAGGUCUCAAUACAACAACUUAUGGCUGAUAAAAUCCCAGGUCUCUGGAACAACAUCUCAUUCUCUUCACACUGGUUCAGUGAUGACAUAGCAGAUGUCCUUUCAGCUGCACCAUAUGUGCUAAUUAAUGCCUUAUUUGACCCAAAUCCUCUUGGCUGGAAACAAAGUAUCCUCUUUAGCAAACUCAGUGCUCCAGAAUCUCAAAGGGGAACCUUCAUUGACCCAUAUGCAACAAAGUACACUGCAUCAUGCAAAACAAUACCUCAGCCAACAGAAAACCCAUAUACUGGAUACUCUUUUCUUAAACAGAAUGAGUCAUCACCCCCAGAAAUCCCUUACUUAGUUGAAGAUCUACUUGUAUUGCUUGAGCCUCUGGAACUUGAUCACACUGGGGUGCUUUCUAUGGUUCACAUAUCAUCAAGUCCAUAUGCACUUGUGGAGAGAGGAGUGCCAUUGAUAGGUUCUUAUAAUCUCACCAUGCCUGUGCAAAUGUGGACAUAUAUUCAAAAUGAUAGUGUUUCUCCAAGUGAACUUGACCACUACAUCAAUGCAACAAAGAAGCUGGAGACUCUGAAUUUCACACUGUAUCUUUGGCCUGUGGCAUGUGCACUCCACAUCCUCAAUGGCACUGCUGUUGUGACUUUAGAUAAUAAGUUGGAGGCAUUUGUCCCUGCUGUGGCAGAAACACAUGAUCCCUCACCAGGAUACAUUCGGGCUCAAGAACCAACACACAUCAUUGAAAAAACUUGGGAUGGCCUAAUAUACCUAUUGUUGAAUACCCAAAUAUCUGCUUCAAGGCAAUAUUGCAAUUCAAAUGACUGGGUAGGGGACUUAAUUUAUAAUGGAGUUGCUGCUGCUGGUGGCGAAAUAUCUGCACUUGGUAAUCAGCUUGGUCUGUUCACUGCAACUUAUGUGGCAAUGCUUGACCAACAUUGGCAUACAAAAUAUGAGAAUCAGGACCCCAUCAAUGGUCUUUCUUGGCAACCACUCCAAGGCAUAGUCCAUGGUUCAAAUCAGGUGCUCUCUGCACGAUUCACCAUCCACAGUACCCAACUUUACUUUGGCUGUUUUUCCAUGCUCCUUCUCAGCAUAACUUCUGUCAUCACACUGCAGGGGGGCUUCAACAUGAAAGAUACCAUGACCAAAGAGGCUGGAGUACUCCAUUGCAUUCAGAUGCUCCAAUGGUCUUCUUUGACACAUCUGUUCAACAAGUGUCAUCUAUCCCCAGAUUGGAGUUCAAAUGGACCUAAAGCUAGUAAGGACCUACUAUGCAUGGAUGUUCAAUGCAAAGAUUUCACACUGGAUGUUGUUCAUGAGGAAAAUGAUAGCACAUUAGACUCACUGCCUGAUUUUCCUAGAACACCCAUGGCCACUCAGUCAGUUGCUGGGGGACACACUUCCAUCCAUAGUCCUGUCCUCCCCACAUUUGAUCCAUUGAUGAACUCAGGCAGCAGCUCAAGGAAUGGAUGCUUACAUGCUACAUCACUGUUUCCAGAUGAUUUCCAGCCAGCAGUAUCUAUACCCACUCCAAUGUAA